CUGCUGAAAUGCAGUACAGGUGUGCUCCUCCUUCCUGGAAAACGUUGACGUGCCACAGAGACCCAAAGCACGCUUUUGAGCAUUUUGCACCACAGCUGGAUCUCUCAGAUUUCUCCAAGCUUUCCUUACGACAUGUAAAAAACUGAAUCAAACCCCUGCUGACGCGCAGCCCGGGUGGACUGGAGGUCGGUUUGGCUCAGAAUGAAACCGAGGCCACGUUCAGACCCGGCAUCAGCACCUGUCUCGGGUGAUCUGGUUAUCUGAUAACGAGUGGACAGCUGAGACGGAGGGAGCUGUUAACACACAUUUUCAUGCACCUCAAACACGUCUAGAGCAACCGCUUGUGAUUGUACUUCUUAAAUAGCAUAGCAAACCAGGGGGCUCUUUAAAGUUAUUGAUGAGGUUCAUGUACAAAUGUCUACCUCACGAUUAAAGCUCCUCUGUGUCCCACUGCAGCCCUGAUCACACUUCAAAAUGACCUCCAGCAUAGACCGGGAUGACAGUAGCAUCUUUGAUGGUUUGAUGGAAGAAGAUGAGAAGGACAAAGCAAAACGAGUUUCCAGGAACAAGUCGGAAAAGAAGAGGCGAGACCAGUUCAAUGUGCUCAUCAAGGAGCUGGGAACCAUGCUGCCAGGCAACACUCGCAAGAUGGACAAGUCCACCAUUCUGCAGAAAAGCAUCGACUUCCUGCGCAAGCACAAAGAAAUCGCUGCACAGUCGGAAUCGAGUGAGAUCCGUCAGGACUGGAAGCCUCCGUUCCUCAGCAAUGAGGAGUUCACACAGCUGAUGUUAGAGGCCCUAGAUGGCUUCUUUCUGGCCAUCAUGACAGACGGCAACAUAAUCUACGUGUCUGAGAGCGUCACCUCUUUACUAGAGCAUUUACCAUCGGACCUGGUGGACCAGAACCUGUUGAAUUUUCUCCCACUGGGCGAGCACUCUGAAGUAUACAAAGCCCUCUCGACGCACAUCCUGGAAGGAGAGAACCUCACGCCAGACUACUUGAAGUCUAAAAACCAACUGGAGUUCUGCUGCCACAUGCUCCGGGGCACCAUCGACCCCAAAGAACCUCCCGUCUACGAGUACGUCAAGUUUAUUGGAAAUUUCAAGUCUCUCAACACUGUGCCUAACUCGACACGGAACGGCUUUGAAGGUGUGAUACAGCGCUUGCUCCGGCCCUCGUUUGAAGACCGUGUGUGUUUUGUUGCCACUGUGAGGCUAGCCAAGCCUCAGUUUAUCAAGGAGAUGUGCACUGUCGAGGAACCGAAUGAGGAGUUUACUUCCAGGCACAGCUUGGAGUGGAAAUUCCUUUUCUUGGACCACAGGGCGCCCCCUAUCAUUGGUUACCUGCCUUUUGAAGUUUUGGGCACAUCGGGGUAUGAUUACUAUCACGUAGACGACUUGGAGACCCUUGCAAAAUGCCAUGAACACCUGAUGCAGUAUGGGAAAGGGAAGUCAUGCUAUUAUCGGUUCUUGACCAAGGGUCAGCAGUGGAUUUGGCUUCAGACCCAAUACUACAUCACCUACCACCAAUGGAACUCACGACCGGAGUUCAUCGUCUGCACACACACUGUUGUCAGCUAUGCUGAGGUCAGGGCUGAACAGCGCAGGGAGCUGGGCAUCGAGGAGUCUCCUCCAGAGAUCUCUGCAGACAAGUCUCAGGACUCGGGCUCUGAAUCUCAGCUCAACACCUCCAGCCUGAAGGAGGCGCUGGAGCGCUUUGAUCAAAGCCGCACGCCGUCAGCGUCUUCCCGGAGCUCACGGAAGUCCUCCUCACAUACCGCCGUAUCCGACCCCACGUCCACUCAGACAAAGCUACAGGCAGAGCGCAGUACGCCCCCUCGGCAAUCCGUCUCUACUAUUGAGAAGACUUCCCAACGCCGAUCGUCCAUCAGCAGCCAGUCGAUGAGCUCUCAGAACACGGGGCAGAGCAUGGCAGCUUGUCUGGUGUCUCAGCCUCAGCAGCCACAGCAGUUGCAGCCGAGUGUGCAGCCAGUACUGCAGUUCUCCACACAGCUGGAUGCCAUGCAGCACUUGAAGGAACAGCUGGAGCAGCGCACACGCAUGAUCGAAGCGAACAUCCAGAGGCAGCAGGAGGAGCUGCGUCAGAUUCAGGACGAGCUGCAGAGGGUGCAGGGCCAGGGCUUACAGAUGUUCCUGCAGCAAAGUGGUGGUAGUCUGAACCUUGGCUCAGUGCAGUUAGCGCAGGGUUCCUCUGUGCAAACUGGUCCUGCUCUGACCAUGCAGGGGCUGGUGGUGCCUGCAGGUAUCUUACAGGGCAACCUGGCAUCAACACAUACGGGCGCACAGCAACACACUAUCACUCAGCAGAGCCAGGCGGCCCAGCCUCAGCAGCAGAGCAUUCUCCGAGAGCAGAGUGGCACACACACCCAGCCCCAGAGGUCAUCCCACACACUGCAGUCUCCGCAGGGAGCCAUGCCUGCACCUCUCUACAACACCAUGAUGAUUUCACAGCCUGGCCAGGCCAACGUGGUGCAGAUCUCCACCAGUAUACCCCAGAACAGCCCGAGUGGAACUGCAGUGGCCACCUUCACUCAGGACCGACAGAUACGAUUCCCAACAGCCCCUCAGCUCCUCACUAAGCUUGUGACAGGCCCUAUGGCAUGUGGUGCUGUCAUGGUGCCCACCACCAUGUUCAUGGGUCAGGUGGUGACACCAUUUGCCCCUCAGCAGAGUCAAAACCAGACCAUCAGCAUUGCGCAGCAGGCACCGACACCCUCACAGGAGCAGCAGGGCCAGGCACAGGCCAGCACUCAAACACAGAACCAAAACCAGACCCCACUUAGCCAGACUCAGUUCCUCCAGGCACCUCGUCUUCUUCACGGGAAUCAGUCAGCGCAGCUGAUCCUCCAGGCAGCGUUUCCUCUCCAGCAGCAGAGCGCCUUCUCUACAACCACACAACAGCAGCAGCAACAGCAGGUGCAGCAGCAGCAACUCCAACAGCAGCAUCAGCACCAACAGCAGCUUCAGCACCAACAGCAGCAGCAGCAGCAGCAGCUGGCUUCUCAUAGGCCAGACAGCAUGACGGACCGCUCCAGUGGCCCGCCUCAGUAACCCCGGCAACAGCCAACGGCGUGACAAAGACCUGAGGGAGAAUGAACAUGACCGCUGUUGCGCAGUGCGAUGAAGGAGGAGUGUUAGCAGUAUUCAAAGCGUACCUGUUAUUUGGCGCAAAAGCAAAAGGUGCUGUUGUGUCUCUGCGUCCUACAUGUCGUCCCUCAUCAACUUCUGGAUGCUUAUUGAUUUUCGUCAAGUCGCCGGAGAUAAGAGGCGAGGCAAGUUGUGAAGUGGGCCGUCUUUAAUCCACACCAUUGCAUGAUAAGUUGUAGGGCGCUCUGGUUUGUAAGAUGGAGGUGGUGAUUCAAGACUUCAGAGAAGUCCUGUCCAAAAAAACGGCAUCUCCUUUACUUCCCUUAUCCUCGUCCUUUGCAAAUACUCACCUCUUCUUUUCUUUUUUUUUUUUAUUUUCCAUGUAAAAAGAAAAAAAAAACAUUAAUUAUGGGUCAGAAAAUAUUUUUAAGAUUGUCAUGUGGAUUCAGCUUUUAUUGUAUAGUUCACCUGUAAAUUAAUAUGUAAAUAUACAGACAAAACAAAGAGAAACUAAUAUUUUAUAUCGAUGCAUGACACAAAAAAAAAAAAGAGUGUAGUCUGUUAUUUGUAGCUUUGAAUAUACUUUUUUUUCUAGCAUUCAAAGGAAAAAAGAAAACACAUCGAUGGCCGAUGCCUUUACGGACUUCCUCGAGCCGUAGGGGGUUUGUUUGUUUGUUCGUGUGUCAUUGUUUGUGAGAGUGCCAGUGUGUGUGUCUGUCUGCAAAGCGGGCAGUGCUGGUUCUGCUCGGUGUGUCAGAGUUUGUUUAACGAUGGACACCUUCAUAUUUUCAUAACACUACUACUCUCAAUAACUUUCCAGUUUUUACAUGUAACCGAGAGACGUUUAUUAAUCUCUAACCUGUACAGAUAUUUAACGUUUGUAUGUAUAUAUCCGAGAGAGAGCAGGCUAUGGAUUCUGAUCAUAUAGAUUCAUAAUAUAUUAUGAUGUACGAGUGCGCAUGAUGAGUAUCGCAAUCAGGAGCUUUCAGGAAAGUUGACCGUGAUGUACUCAGGUGUCACAUUGAGUUUGAAAUGUUUAUACAUAACGAGUGAGCUACGUAAGUGUGUGUGUAUAUAUAUAUGUACACACACAUAUAUAUUAAUGUUUUAAGGCCACAUACUGUAUAUUGUAUUUAAAAAGAACCCACACAGUGCCAAACCAUAAUUUAAGCUAUACACACACACACACACACACACACAUAUAUAUAUGUCUUAUCUUUACAGUAACAUGUAAGCUAUAAAACAAAUAGAUUACUGUCAUUUCAACCAACAUGAAAUUUAGCCUUACCAAAUCAAACCUCGCUAGGAAAUCUUCUAUUUGCACAAAUAUGAGGGUGAGUCAAAAAUUUUCUGCACUCUGGCUGUAGAAUUUAUUUUAAUAAACAUCCAGAAAAGACAAACCAUCAAAACCAUCUUUUUUUUCACAUAAUCCCCUUUUCUGUUUAAUACACUUUGUCCAUCUGUCAGCAAACCCUUAUAUUCCCCCUUUAUUAAAAAGUGACAUAUGCAUUGAUGUCUUUACUUCUUCACCAGAAGUAAAGCUUCCUCCUCGUAGGGCUGCUUUUAGGGGACCAAACAAGUGAUCAGAGCAAGAUCAGGACUAUAGGGAGGAUGCUUAAACACCUUCUCUUUUAGAAACGUUCACCUUCAUUAGAGUAUCAGUCCAAAUUUCACACAAAGUCUCUGCGAAAUAAUGAUACCAGGUAACCCCUUGGACCACAAAAAUAAUGAAUCACUGCGCGCUACUCCUCUUUUGCGCAAAUCACAAGUGGGGCAUUUGUUUUUGCUUGCACCGUAGUUAAAAAUGAACUGAUGUGACACAUUCACACCUGCACAGCAGUGACUGGGGAGACAGUAGCCUUGAACGGAAAGCUCUGAUAAGACACUGCAGCCAACAGACAUUUUAAUAUAACCGCAGUGCAGAUAAUUUUUGACUCACCCUCGUGUUUUUUUUGGGGGGGAUUUCUUUAGAUUAUCAUUAAGCUUGAGUGGGCUAGAAGCAAAAUGCGACGACGACAGAACUACAUGUCAGAAAAUCAUUAAUGUUACAGUGUCUGUGAUGAUGAUCGUGUUUCUGGUGCAGUCUUUUGUGCUUGACAUCCUUUUUUUUUUGGUCCCAGGAUGAAAACGUUAGCACUUAUGUUUGAAUAGCACUUUACAUUUAGGGCACUGUGGAACUUUAAACCUAAGUAAGGUCUUAAAUCAUUAUUGUUCCUAAUAAGUGGAACAAAGAGUUCCAAAGUUACUUAUUUAAAAAAAUAUAUUUAAUUUAUUUUAUUUUCUAAUGUUGCAUCUCCCCAUGAUGGUCUUGACAGCUCUGCAGUAGGAGUGAGGAGUAUAGCAGAUCUCUCUGGCCUAGUCAGGCUGUCAUGUUAUAGACGUAUGAUAUGCUAUAUGGCUAAUAAGGUUGAUUAGACUGCUGACUGCUAGCAUUGCCGCCUCCCAGUUUAAGCUAAAACCCUUAUUGGUGGUGAAUAAAUGAUUGAGAGUUACAUAAUCCGCUGUUCGUCGAUUUAGUUUAAUUCUCCUGCUUGAACAUUAAAUCAUCAUAGGUGUUGGGACAGUUCUGACCUUGCUUAGGUGUCUUUGAAAAGUUUGGACAAUCAUCAUUUCAGGAAGCGAAAGCUUCCUUUAACUUCUUUGAAUAAAUGAUGGCACUUAGAUAUACCACAUGGCCAAAAGUAUGUGAACACCUCAUCCUUCUCAUGUUCUUCUGUAAAGCAGUUCUGUAGAAAUACUCUUUCGUUCACCGGAACUCAGAGGUCAAACCUGUUCUAGCGUCCUUCUGUCCACAAACCCAGCUCCAUGAAGUGUGAAGGUUGGAGUGGAAGAACUCAAGUGUUGUCAAACACAGGGCCCUGACGGAACUCUGCCUCACUGAACCAUCGCCUUUGGGAUCAAAGCGAAAUCCCAACAUCACUACCAUCGCCUGACCUCACUAAUGCUUGUGUGGCAAAAUGCUCCCAAAUCUAGUGGAAAGCCUUCUCAGAAGAGUGGAGCAGAUGAUGAUCUAGCAGAAACAAUUUGGAAAGUAAUCAACGUAUAAAGGUGUCAUCAGAGGGUUGGGGUAACUCAGCAGUUAUGCAUUGGACUACAGUUCGGAAACUCCCAGGAUCAAACCCCACAACCACCAAGUUGCCACUGCUGGGCCCUUGAGUAAGCAAGGCCCUUAACCCCUUAACUGCUCAGAUGUGUAAUGAGAUAAAAACAAUGUAAGUCGCUCUGGAUAAGGGCAUCCGCCAAAUGCUGUAAAAUGGAAAUCAUCAAUCAGGUGUCCUUAUACUUAUGGCCAUCAUGACUGUCUUGUCUUGAAGUUAUCUUGUUCUUAUGCCAUGUGACCAGACUAAUCUGUUUUAUAUAAGCGUUUACCUUUCAGUUGAUGUGCACAAAAAGAGAGAAAAGGAAACAUUGUUUUUUCAGGGUAGUUCUAGUAGAAACGGGUUGCAGUAAUUCACACGAGACCUCAGUGUGGCAGCACCCAACCGGUCCUGCAUUCCACUUUCUCAGGAGUUUUCUGCAUCCAGCAGUUCCAAAUGCUGGUCCAAUCACAUGUUCGUGUUGCAGUAUUCAUCCGGUAGCAUUGCUAGCUCUCGCAUCUGACUAUCACGGUUUCUCCAAGGAUGUCCUUUGCUUGUCAAGUGAAGCCAGAUUAACUGGAUUCUCUAAGUUCGCCAACAAAAACUGUUGAGGCUAAUAAGAUUCCAGGAUUUUCUAGUGAUACAAGAAAAAGGAAAACCUCAGUGAGUGCAGUUAUAUAAGCUGGAUUUCAGAGUUUUUAUGUGAAUAGGUUAUAUAAGCUAAAUAUAAUGUAUUUUUCAUUAAACAUGAAAUUAUUUUAGACUUGAUACACCAUCAAUACAUCGAUCAGCUGUAACAUUUAAAACUUUAAAGCAUUAAUCCCAGUAAU